GAAGCGGCGGCAGCCUGUCACUGGCACCGGCUGAAGCCGCGGCCGGGAAGGCGGGCUCGGUUUGGCUCGGCUCAGUGCGGGUCCGGGCAUGAAGCUGGUCCGGGCCGCCCUGGGCCUGCUGCUCCUGGCGCCGUCCUUGGUGCAGGCGGUGGAGCCCAUCAGCCUGGGGCUGGCCCUGGCCGGCGUGCUCACCGGCUACAUCUCCUACCCGCGCCUUUACUGCCUCUUCACCGAGUGCUGCGGCCGGAAGAGGAGCCUGAGCCGCGAGGCAUUGCAGAAGGACCUUGACAGCAAGCUUUUUGGACAGCACCUUGCAAAGAAAGUGAUUUUAAAUGCUGUGUCUGGGUUCAUAAGUAACCCGAAGACCAAGAAACCUCUUACCCUCUCCCUUCAUGGAUGGACUGGCACAGGGAAAAAUUUUGUCAGCAAAAUCAUAGCCGAGCAUAUUUAUGAGGGUGGACUUAACAGUGAUUAUGUACAUCUAUUUGUGGCUACAUUGCACUUUCCACAUGCUGGGAACAUCACACAGUAUAAGGACCAGUUACAAUUGUGGAUUCGGGGCAAUGUGAGUGCCUGUGCAAGGUCUAUCUUCAUAUUUGAUGAAAUGGAUAAGAUGCAUGCAGGGCUUAUAGAUGCUAUCAAGCCAUUCCUUGACUAUUAUGAUUUGAUAGAUGGGGUCUCCUAUCAGAAAGCCAUCUUCAUCUUUCUCAGCAAUGCAGGAGCUGAAAGAAUAACAGAUAUAGCUUUAGAUUUUUGGAGAAGUGGAAAGCAGAGAGAGGAAAUCAAGUUGAAAGAUGUAGAACAAGCCUUAUCUGUGUCAGUCUUCAAUAACAAGAAUAGUGGCUUUUGGCACAGUAGCCUAAUUGACCGAAACCUCAUUGAUUAUUUUGUUCCAUUUCUACCUCUGGAAUACAAGCAUCUGAAAAUGUGCAUCAGAGUUGAAAUGAAAUCUCGUGGCUAUGAAGUUGAUGAAGAGAUUGUAACUAGAGUAGCAGAGGAGAUGACAUUCUUCCCCAAAGAGGAGAGAGUUUUCUCUGAUAAAGGCUGCAAAACUGUAUAUACUAAGUUGGAUUAUUAUUACGAUGACUAAAUAUUUCACGAUAGAUUUAUUUGCAUUGAAAAAGAAAGUACUCAAAAUGGAAACACUUCGGGUUUUUUUUUCUUUUUCCAAAUUCCUUUUCCUAGAUGAGGAGGAAAAUGAAUUUUAAGUCUUUUAUAAAAAAAAAAAAAAAAAAAGGGGGAUUUCUCCUUGCAUUUUUUAUUCAGAAGAAUCUGCAGUACCCAUCGAACCUUUUCAAAAACCUGGAUCUGCCUCCCUCACUUAUAUGGGAACAGCACUAAUGAAAGGAGUCAUCCAUUAUUUAACAUGUUUAUAACAGUGCCUAUGAUUUUUUUUAAAUCAAGUUUUAAAUUACAAGUUUCUGUUUCAAGAAGACAAGUAAGUUUUAUGAAAAAUAUGAGUUGACUCAAAAUAGUUUUUAACAUCAUGAGAAAUUAUGCUUAGAGAGUCUAAAUUUUGAAGUUUUUUAAGAGUUUACAAAAACAACAAACCCCAACUUGAUGAUGAUCAUGUCUUUAGUACAGAAGCAUCAGUAAUCUGGAAGGCAUUUCUUAGAUCUGUAUUAGUGUAGCCCACGGACAGGAAUAGAGAGAAAGCCACCUGUGAGAAGAGGGUAAUUGAAAUUGUCACUUCUGCCCCCAGGAGCCGAGUUUUUUAAAAAAAGGAAAAAUACUUGAGAAGAUGAACUUUUGAGGCUGUACAUGUGUCACAAAAAGCCUUAAAAUGUCUUUUCAAGUAAGUUCAUUGCAGUGGUACUAAAACUGGUAAUUAGCAAAACUUAUAAGAACUGAAACAGUGAGUUUGUAAAAACAGUAUUGUUCUUCAAAUGAAAGUAACAUGGCAUUUUGAAUGUUUCCAGUAUAUGACUAGAAACAUUAUGAAAAGGAAGGCCAAAUAACAUCCCAUUUGUGUCUCACUUUUUACUCAUGAUGCCUUGCUCCGAAGGAAGAGCAAUUGUACUCUUUAUGUACCUGCUUUCCUUAUUUAUGUGGUGAAUUCUGCCACAUUUUAAAGCCCUUCUACAAUGGCCAGUUUUUGUUUUUAUGAUAAAGGGAUUAACAAAACCAUCUUCUUCCUUGGCUUGGAAAUUUACAUGCAUCUAAUAAAGAUGCUGAGGAUAGUGUUUUUAUUUAUAAAUAACUGGUUUUUCAAUAAAAUUUGAUUUUCUA